UUUAAGAAUUCUACUUCUUCAAAAAUGAAUCCGUCCAAGGAUCGCAACAACUGGAAAACCGUUGGAGAAGUAAUCAAUCUAAUUAGGAAACCUAUUGCUUUGUACACUGGCCAGAUCGUUAAAAAAUGGCAUGCUAAGCUGUGUUGCCGUUUACAGGGGGAAUGCGCAAAUCCUGUAGUUUGCAAGAAAGAAACAGACUAUAAGAAACUUUGCCACUCUUGCAACCAGUGGUACCAGGAACUUGCUAAAUGGCAUAAAAAAGCAAAUAAACGACAGAUAAAAUGGCGUGAAAACUGCGACACAUCAAAGUGGCCUGUUGAUCCAUGGGAGGUAGCCAAGUUUUUUAUGCCUAUCCUUGGACACAACAAAGGAACCAUCAAAGACGCAGAAUCCACUGAUUUAUCAUAUCUUCUAAACGUCCUUGAGUGGAUGAAUGAUGUCAUUUUUUCUCCAGACAAGCGGGUGGACCUCGAUCUUGUUAGAAAGCUCCGUUCAGAAGUUAGAAACCCUUGGGCGCAUUCAGCAACUCAAGAGUUAACCGAUGCUGAUCUCAACAAUGCUUUUGACACUGCCAAUAAGAUUCUUGCCGACCUUGAUAUUGUUUUCAGCUGUGACGAAGUCAAGAAGUGUAUAAAGGAUAUCAAGUCUGUACAAACUGGUGGAAUAACCAAUGUCGUAAAAGCCGAGUUAGAUACCCAAAAUUUACUGCGCUAUGACGUAGUUGCAACUAGACUAACUGUCAAUCAAUUGAGUGAAGAAAUAAAUCAAUUAAAAGAAAAUCAAAUCUCUGACCGACAGAUCUUCGAGAAAAAGUUGGAGAAUCUCGAUAAAUGCAUCAGCCAAUUACAAAUAUCAUAUGUUCAAAAAACUGAACGACGGGCGCAAAUAAAAAAUUGCAUACCUGACAAACCUUGUACGUUCAUUGGGCGUGACGCCGAAGUAAAGGAAAUUAUUUCUUCCUUGAUGGAGGACGGCUGUGGAAUUGUCUCCAUUGUUGGGGGCCCAGGGUUUGGCAAAAGCACCGUUGCAAUUGAAGUCUCCCAUCGUCUAAGCGAUAAUCGUGACAUCGUCGUCAUUUUCUCAUACAUGUCAAAUGUUUCAACUGUGUCUGAUGUUUUUCAACGUCUUUGUCAAGACGUUGGCGUUAAUCCUGGCGAAGAUUGUAAAUCAUCGUUUACGUUGUGGUUAAGGAAUAAUGAGAGAGUAAUCCUUGUCAUGGAUAACAUCGAGCAACUGCUUGAAGAAGUAAGAUCCGAAUUUACUGAGUUAGUGCUCACGCUCCGCAAGAAUUCGCAGCAACAGUUGCAGAUCCUAGCAACGACAAGGACCGCAUUCUCAAUUCCUAACCAACCCACCAAAAGCAUUCAGAUAGGAGAGUUGGAUGAAAAAUCUAGUGUGGAACUUUUGAGAAAGUGCUGCCCUAAUACGGAUGUAGAAGAUAUUUACUUAUGUGACUUGGCUAAACUGUGUGGUUUUAUUCCUCUGGCUUUAUGUAUCACAGGAUCUAGAAUUCCACGUCUAGAUGAUCCAGCUGAGUUGAUUCAAUGGUUGGAAGAGAAGCCUAUGAAAGCUUUACAGUCAACUGACAAAACGCAGUGCGUCCGAAAAGCCAUCGAGUUUUCUUUUCAAAUGUUGACUAGUGAAGACAAGAAAGCAUUCGCUCGACUUUCAGUAUUCAAUGGAAAUUUCCAAAAGAAGUCUGCUCAAGAGGCAAUCGAGAGAGAUGGGUUCGAAACCCAAGAUUUCUUAGAGCAGCUCGUUGAUCGCAGUUUAAUACAGAGUAGCAGUGACGAGCGCUUCGUGAUUCACUCGCUUAUUCGACGAUUUCUUACCGAUCAUGAUCAACUUCAAGAUGAAAAGGCAAUAGGAGAAGAAUUGAUGGUGAGGCAUUUUUUAGAGUUGUGCCAUUCGUGGACCAUGAAAUCUUACUCCAAAGACGGAUUUACUGAUGCCCGAAAACUACUGAAGGAAGACGCCCACAAUGUCGAAGAAACGUUAAGAAUCUGCUGCCAAAAUGAAGCAACGAGUCUGAAUAUAAACGUCAUCGAAUCCUUGGCACGUAGUGAUAUUUAUAAUUCUUCAUCGAGGUUAUUUUCCAUCUUUGGCCGGGAUCUUCUUCCACGGACUGUUUUAAAGAAUUUCUAUGAAUUCUGUAUAAUGCUAGCGGGAGGUCGAAAGCAACUAGCAAUUGAGAUCACAUUUCAGUGUCUCGUAGCAGAUGAAGAAGGUCGUAGAAUUGGGUGGAAAUCUCCUCAAUACAUCGUCAGGAUGGAGCUUAUCAAGGAACUCUUUGACAGAAAUGAAACAGUGCUAAAAGAAGUCAGGUCCUUACAUCAGUUUUGUUACUAUUUUUAUGCUCGAUAUUAUUCUAGAAUAGCAAGAAAUACACCAUGUCCUGAUCUUCCAGAAGAUGAUCAUGAGUCUUUGUCUGAAGACAAAGAUCGAAGUUCUAUCGAUAACGUUGGCGAGACCCUUAUCUUAAUCGAGCGAGGACAUUUGAGCAAAACACGUGGAAUUAAAGUAUUCCACUCGGAUAAAAUUAAGUAUCAGAAAUACCUGGAAUGUGCAAAAUCAUUUUACAAUCAAGCUUUGUCGUCAGCUAAAGAGUUGUUGGGUGAUCAUGAAUUAACGGGUGCUUGUCAUAAAUAUUUAGGAGACGUAUACUUUACCAUGUGGAAGAACGAAGAGGCGUUGCCGCAUUAUUCGGAUGCCAUACAACUGCGCAGAAAACUACAACUUGAUUCUAACGAGCCUUUUGUGUACUUGCUCAAGAAUUAUGGCUUGUGCCUUUCUUUUCUUAGUCGCAUUAAUGAAUCGGUGGAUGUGUUAAACGAAGCUCGCGAUAUAGCUGAUAAGCUUGCUGAACGAGGCACCCUUUGCAGAGCCAAUGUGUAUUUUGCGUUGGCGAGAAUGUGUCGUCGCUGGAAACCUGAUUGUCAAGAAGCUGCGAAACAUGCUUAUGCGGCAAUGGAGAUGAAAGGGUCGUUACAUCCAAACAAUGUAAAAACAUUGGAAAAAAUAAUUAAAACGGCAGAAGGAAGCAUGGCUUGAAAGAACGCUCAAGGGACAUUGGACUUUCUUUUUCUUGGAAAAAUUACAACUGAUUUCUGUAACACUGCUCUAAGAAUUAUUAUCCUUCUUAUGGACGAUAAACAUACGCCGAUCUAACUCGGUUGACUUAAUUUGUUAAAAUAUGACUGCAGCUUUAAGGUUCGCAUAAGAAUUUCCAAUGAGGAUUUGGUUUAGAUUAGUCACCAGAAUGUUGAUCGGAAUAUUCUUUCACAAACGAAGAAACACUUCUUGACCAAAAUGACUGAUUAUGAAUAUUUUUUUUCGAACAUUCACUUUUAUAUCAUUGUAAUAUAAAUAAAGUUGUAUAUGGUACAUAUCAAUUUCGUGUUGUAAUUUAAGCAUUAACUAUGAGAUUUCUUGUAGUUUACGAGAAACGAAAUACUUAUAAAUAGACUUUAAGCUAGCAAUGAAAUUUAAAAACUUUUAACGAAUCAGCGUGGAUUUUAUGAGGAUUUCAAGGACUUUUCAGUACUCAAUUUUGUGGACUUAGUGAAUAUAUUAUAUGCACAGCAG